AUGACCUCGAGGGUCACCAAUGUUACGGCUUCCCAGCAAACCGCCUUAAAGGGUAUUGUUCGUAAUAGCAGUUAUGUUAUUCCAGGCCUCUAUGAUCUCAGUACCGAGGAUACCAAUUGGGUGUUGACAUCAUCAUUUAUUAUAUUUACCAUGCAAACAGGUUUUGGUAUGCUGGAGUCCGGUUGUGUUUCCAUUAAAAAUGAGGUCAAUAUAAUGAUGAAAAAUGUGAUAGACAUAGUUUUGGGUGGUUUCACCUAUUGGCUAUUCGGCUAUGGCAUGAGCUAUGGACGAGGUCCUCUAUCAAAUCCAUUUAUAGCUAUUGGUGAUUUCCUGCUCGAUCCGCCUGUUGAUGAUCCUUUAAUGGGUCAAAUAUUUGCAGCGUUUCUAUUUCAACUGUCAUUUGCCACCACCGCAACUACCAUAGUUAGUGGAGCUAUGGCAGAACGCUGCAAUUUUAAAGCAUAUUGUUUGUUUUCUUUGUUAAAUACCAUCAUCUAUUGCAUACCCAGCGGCUGGGUGUGGGGCGAACAUGGUUUUCUAAACAAUUUGGGAGCUGUUGAUAUAGCGGGUAGUGGUCCUGUACAUUUAAUUGGUGGCACAGCGGCUUUUGCUUCCGCUGCUAUGCUGGGACCACGUUUGGGUCGCUAUGCGGAUGGUUAUGAUCCCCUGCCUUUGGGUAAUCCCGUCAAUGCUUGUAUGGGUUUGUUUGUUUUAUGGUGGGGUUGGCUGGCUUUUAAUUCUGGCAGUACUUAUGGUGUCAGCGGUUCGAAAUGGCAGUAUGCUGCUCGGGCAGCAGUUAUGACCAUGAUGGGUUCCUUUGGUGGUGGCAUUAUCAGUUGUGUUUAUUCCCUUUGGCGCCAUGAUGGUCGUUUGGAUAUAAUCGAUUUGAUUAAUGGUGUACUGGGUUCUUUGGUGUCCAUAACAGCCGGCUGCUUUUUAUAUAGAGCCUGGGAAGCUUUGCUAAUAGGCCUAUUGGGUGCUUUGUUAUGUGUCUUAACCAUGCCUUUAUUCGAUCGUUUAGGGGUAGAUGAUCCCGUUGGUGCCAGUUCAGUUCAUGGUGUCUGCGGUAUAUGGGGAGUCCUAGCUGUUGGCCUUUUUGCCGACAAUCCCGUACCUCUAGAAACAACCAAGGGUCGUUCAGGUCUCUUCAAAGGUGGCGGCUGGUAUUUAUUGGGUAUACAAUCACUCUCCGCCCUGUGUCUUACCUGCUGGGGUAUUUGUUCCACCUUUUUGCUGCUCUAUAUUGUCAACAAAAUCAUACCCAUCCGCAUGGAUCCUAAUGAAGAGCUAUUGGGCGCUGAUCUCAUGGAACAUCGCAUACGUCAUUCUCAAAUUGGCCUCUCAAGAGCCAUUUCCGCUUUGGCACCCAUUAAAAUUGAUCUUAAUGCAGUGGCUGGCGUCCAACCCAUAGGUUUGAAUCCUGGCCAUGAAAGGUCUUUGGCCCAGCUGAGAGCGGCCGAUAAUAAAUUACAACAAUGGCAAACGUAUCUCCAUCAAAUGGGUCCUCAUGUACCCAAACCGUUUCACAAUGCUGGCGAUGAGGAUCAUAUUAUAAAGCGCAACAUUAAAACGCCCAUAAAAAGGAAAGGUAGCCUGGGCAAUGUUUUUAGUAGAAAAUUAAAAACCGUGCACAUUAAUAAUCAGGCUGCCUCGAAUGUAGUGCCGGGUUAUUAUAAACCAAAUAAUAAUGAGUUGCCCAUAAUAUCGAAUAAACAAUUUGAUCAGGCUGACAAGGAUAAGGAUACUAAUUUUGCUUGGUUGGAUUAAUGAAUGUAAGACUUACUACCCCAUGAUAAUGU